CACCGGGUGCCAGCGAGUAAUCACUGAUGGGGGGGGGGGGAGAGAACUCUAUGUAAACAAUACAGAUUUCUCCCCUGUCAGCUCCAGCACACUGCUUUGUAUGGCUCUGCAUUGCAGAGCCAUACAAAGCAGGGUGCCUACGGUGGAAAGCACAGACACAGCAUAAUAGUGAAACAGCACACAGUUAACCCUUUGAUUACCCCAGAUGUUAACCCCUUUCUGCCCAGUGCCAUUAGUACAGUGUCAGUUGCUUUUUAUUUGCACUGAUCGCUGUAUUGGUGUCACUGGGGAUGUUGGUGACACCAAGUCAGUUCCUCCAAGUGUCAAAAUGUCCACCGCAGUCCCGCAGUCCCCCUAUAAGUCGCUG